GGCACAUUGUCUGAGAUGAGACACAGCAUCACAUCAUAAGUUUAGCUUAGUUGUGGAAAUGUGUUCCAAAAUUUCAAAUCAAAACCCAUUUUCCAUGUUUUAUUCCAACACAUACCUUGGUGAUUGGGAUAUUACAAGACUUAUAUUUAACUACACAAUUCACUAGGGUUCAGCUGGGAGAGAGAACUAAGAACAAGUUCUCAAGUCCUACCCAUUUACUUGGUAAUGACAAAGCAGUGGGCCAGACCCUUGUGAAAGUGUUUCCACGCCAUUAUAAAGGGCCAGAGUUUAGAUCUCUGCUUCUAAGGUGAGGGAAGAUCAAUUGGGAAGGUCGAGUGUCUAUUUUCAUGGAUCUGAAGCAAACCUGAUAUUACCCCACGUCCUGGCCAAGGAGGGUCUGCCCUCAGCCGUGGAGCCUUGUUCCCCAUCAGACCACCGUCACUCCGCCAGAGACCAGAACGCUGUCUGUUUAUGGCGGCCCAUAGUUCUGGAGCCUCCUGGCUCUUUUUGUUACUGCAAUUGUGACAAGUAUGUUGUCAUCUUUAAUACUGCUGUUACGUGAUUUGAAAAUGUCUUUCAAGAAGUCUAAAACUUAAGGUCUAGAAAUGGACACGAGGACACACAGCAAUACUCCCAAGUCAGGAAACUCUGGAACUUUCCCGUCAGCCCCACAAGGACAAUACAUAUUCUUUUACACUUCUUAAACAGAGGCACUCAAACAAUCUUUGUCAAAUACAUUGUCUACUUGCAGUUAAGCCUGGCCAAUAAGAGAUCAGGGAUCAUAAUUUAUAACCCAACGUAGUUUGUUUUUCAUUAUUGUGGAGUGGUCUGUUUUUACCUGAAUUGAAAAAGCUUAAGGAAAAAUCACAAAUUGCUCCUCGGAAGGCAGGACGCUAAGGUCGCUAGUGCCAUCUAGUGGUGGCCUGCCAGUCUGACGACUUCUGUUUUGAAUGUCAGCAAAAAUGGGAAAAAAGAACUGUCCACAUUUUCAUUCACACCUUUCACUACACCUGUUCUCUGUGCAGAAAAGGCGAUCCUGAGGGUAGGGCAGAAUGCGUCCUCACCUACAAAGCAGAAGAAAUAUUGACAAACGAUGUGGUGGACCAGCAGCAUGUUUUUCAUUAAAUUGAAAUUUCAUGACAUGUUAAAUGCUAAUCACUAUUUCAUAAUUUAUCGUUAUGCCUCAGAGCAUAUUCUUUACAAGCGCUAACAUUCUUCUUUUCAACUGAGCACUUGAUUCUAGAAGGUUCUGUUGCCUUUGUUGUUCUACUAAACAGCAUAUCCACCAAGUGCUUUGGGAAGGAUGAAAGUUGUGUUUUGUGUCUUCAUCCUCAUCAUAAAUUUGCACUGUGCUUUAAGUGACACAACAGAAAACCUCUGAUUUCUUCCAAAGAACAUUCUCCCGAAUGUAGUGACAUCCUCCAUCCCAGUGAGGGCGGAGGGCCAAGGUGUCUGGGUGGGGAGCUGACGUGGUUAUUGAAACAUGGGGCUUGGCCGUCACUGCAUGGUGGGCUGCAUGGGCUGCAUUGAAAUGAAGCCCUGAGCUGACACGGCCAAAAACUUGGGGCCCGAACCUUUCAAAGAAGACCCCUGACCCCUUUCUUUAUCCACAAGACUGACUAGGGGUGCACAGCACCUGCCAAUCAGAGUGGGCAUUAAUCUGUCUGGGGCUUUAGUUUCCCUCUGUCCAUCACCACUAAUUCUUGCUCCUGAUGCCCGAAUGUCCUUUCCAGAAUUUUUACCCCACCCCUGUUUUAAAAUUCCUCCCCACAGGAUUCGUAUGUGAGCAUUGCGUUCAGGCUUCACCAUAACAGCCUUUAUGAAGCUCUCUGCUCUGGAGAACAGUCAAGAGCAUGGAGAGGCUGCAGCCCCCGGGAGCUCCUCUUCCCAAGGGAACCACCCCGAGAGUUCUGCGACGUCCAACCCUUAUGAGCUAGACCGAGGGACCUCGGCCACCGAAAGAGAUGCCCAGAGAGAAGCCAUGCCCAUGGACACCGAAGUGUACGAAAGCCCCUAUGCGGACCCGGAGGAGAUCAGGCCCAAGGAGGUCUACCUGGAUCGAAACCUGCUGACCCUGGAGGACAACGAGCUGGGCUCUGGUAACUUUGGGACCGUGAAGAAGGGUUACUACCAGAUGAAAAAGGUCGUGAAAACAGUGGCUGUGAAAAUCCUGAAAAAUGAGGCCAAUGACCCUGCUCUUAAAGAUGAGUUAUUAGCAGAAGCCAAUGUCAUGCAGCAACUCGACAAUCCUUACAUCGUGCGUAUGAUCGGGAUCUGUGAAGCCGAGUCCUGGAUGCUGGUCAUGGAGAUGGCGGAACUGGGUCCACUCAAUAAAUAUUUACAGCAGAACAGGCAUGUCAAGGAUAAGAACAUCAUCGAGCUGGUUCAUCAGGUUUCUAUGGGAAUGAAAUAUUUGGAGGAGUCCAAUUUUGUGCACAGAGAUCUGGCUGCAAGAAAUGUAUUGCUGGUUACUCAACAUUAUGCCAAGAUCAGUGAUUUUGGACUUUCCAAAGCACUUCGUGCUGAUGAAAGCUACUACAAGGCCCAGACCCACGGGAAGUGGCCCGUGAAGUGGUAUGCUCCAGAAUGCAUCAACUACUACAAGUUCUCCAGCAAGAGUGACGUCUGGAGCUUCGGCGUGUUGAUGUGGGAAGCCUUUUCCUAUGGGCAGAAGCCGUACCGGGGAAUGAAAGGGAGUGAAGUUUCCGCAAUGCUGGAGAAAGGAGAGAGGAUGGGCUGCCCCGCGGGGUGUCCCAGAGAGAUGUAUGAGCUGAUGAAGCUGUGCUGGACCUAUGAGGUGGAGAACAGGCCGGGAUUCGUGGCGGUGGAGCUGCGGCUGCGCAAUUACUACUAUGACGUGGUGAACUGAGGCUCCCGCGCCGUCGGAGGCUGCCUCGGAGCGGAGGAGCAGCCACAGGGAAGCGCACUCCAGUGCGUUGACUCUGAGGCUCCCUCACCCUCUGCCUGCCGGGAGGGCCAGCCUCCUGUGGGACGUGCCCUGACUGUUGUUCCCCAAAGCCCAUCCGGGAACACGCGCUCCACCCGGAGCACACGGUCCCAGGAGAGCCUUGGAAGACAGACAGACGGCCGGCAAGGUCAAAGGACCUGUGCAUUCCCUUGUGUUUUUGUCUGUGUGGUUUUCAUGGCAGGUUAUUUUCAGGAUGUGUCCAAGUUCCCUUUCUUCCCGGUCCUCUGGCUCUUGGGCUACAUUCGAAUACACAGCAGCCUGGCGGCAGUGCCCUGUGGUGUCAGGGCUCUCGUCCCUCCAGGGGUCUUCAGCGGCCAGCGGGCGCAGUUGGCGUGGGAGCCUGCAGUGGAGGGAAGGCUGGGAGAGGAGGAGGCGCUUGGCGGCCCCAGAAGAGGCUCCAACAGGCCGUACUUACACUGCGCCCUGCCGCUGAGAAGCUUUCCUGACCGUACAAGUGCCUCGAGGCUUGAAAAGAUCAAGCUGGACCAGUGCGGUUUCUAAGUAGUAGCCAGUAAGGGGGAAAAGGGCUGGAUUCUGCUUUUGCUCUGUGUUCUGAGACUGAAGACUCACGUCCCGUGAAAAGUGGGCCCUGCUGGGAUGAGUUGUUGGGCUUACUUUCCCACUGGGAGCUUCUGUCCCAGGCUCGCUGAAGAUACCACCUGAAUGGAGACCCAGCGGGGGAGGACGUCCGUCCUCUCAGGGCUGAUGGGGACAGAGGCAGGGUGCUGUGGGCUGUCGUCUCUGUGGCGUCUCCCCCAGAGGGAGAGUGCGACCAGAAUUCCCCUACUUUUUCUGUAUUUGUAGUAGGGGGGGCAACCUGGUGGCCAAGGCCAUCUAAAGAUGAGUUUCUAAAGAAAGUAUGAAUUCAUAAUAAAACCACAGACCCUGACUCUCGCCACCAGUGGGCCUCCCUGAGUGUGACAUUGGGUUGAAGACAUAAGCCCCAAGGGUUCUCUUCUAGACCCCUAGCGUGAGUUAAUCCCUGAGUAAAGUUUGACCUUGUGCAGCCAUCGGCCCAUGGAUACCAGUUUUGCUGUGGCCCUUGGAAGUCAGUAUAAUGAGCCCUUCUGAUGGCUCUACCCAUGUCUUCACCUGGGCCUGGGCUCACCCCAUGGGCAUCACCUCUUUCCUUGUUUAGCGGGAACAAAAGGGCAUCAUGGACAAACAGACAGCCCUGGCCAGCACCAGCUGAUGGCCGAUGCCGCAAACACUGUGUCCCCCAGCGAUCCUGAAGGUUUCUGUAGCAGAGUCGUAAUCCCUUAGUCGUAAAAUAAUUAGGUGUGUUUUUCCUUUGAGCAUGUCCUUCCUCCGCACUUGCUGUCACCAGCCUUGUUUUCAUUUGUUGGACGGUGAAUUCUUCUUCACAGCAGCCCAAUGACUGCACCCCACCUGGAUCUUCAGAGGCAGGGGUGACGCCAGUUUUUCAGGACCCCAGCCCCACAAAGAGCACUCUGGACCAGUGAAGCAGUGUUCUCCAUCCAUCUCUGAGGAGCUACCUUUGGUCACUGUACUUUUUUUUUAAAACUGUGAUUUUUAAUAAAAUUUUAAAAUUAGCUUUGUGAUGAUUUUCAUGGGUGUUAUUAGAAUUUGAUAAGUUGCACUGUCAAAUAAACGGUAUUCAACAGCA